UUUUACUUUUGUCACUCAAGUCAAACUUAUGUUUGUACAGUUUGUACGUAACGUUAUGUUAUUUAUUUAUUUCAUCCAAUUGUUAUUCGCAUCAAUUUGAUGAAAUCGUACUCACACAAUUAAAUUUUAGUAACAAAACUUUUAUAUUUUGUUAAAAAUGGCAUCACUAGCGUUUAAAGUUAAAAGUAAAAACGGUCAGCAAAUAUUGAAAGAUCUGACCUCUGAAAGUACUGUGGGUGAAUUAAAAAUGUUUCUAUCUAGUGUAUCGGACGUAAGUUGUGAGAGAAUUUACGUGUUGUGUGGUUAUCCGCCGAAGCCUUUAGAUACUAGUAACGAUAGUAAAACGUUGAGUGAAAUUGGAUUAAAGACUGGUGAAACGCUGAUUAUCGAGGAGAAAUCUGCAACAUCAGCACCUAGUGCUGGGAAACCAGAAGCCAGUAAACCUGUAGAGAACGGAAUAUCAACGGAAACUAUCGGAUGCAGACCUGGAAUUUUAAUGAAAAAAGUUGUUCCUUCAGAUAAUUCUUGUUUAUUUACUAGCAUAGGUUUUGUACUAAAUGGUCAAGUUGAUACUUCAGUACAUACAUUGAUGCGUCAGAUAAUUGCAAUGGAGGUGGCCAGUGACCACGACACCUACAGUGAAGCUAUGUUAGGAAAGCCAAACGCUGAAUAUUGUGAUUGGAUUCAGCAGCCCAGCUCCUGGGGUGGUGCAAUUGAGGUGGCAAUUCUGAGUCGGUUCUAUGGAUUAGAAAUGGCAGUUGUUGAUACUCUUAAUGCAAUAAUAAAUAGAUUUGGAGAAGAUAAAAAUUAUGGUCAACGUGUGUUCCUUCUGUUUGAUGGAGUGCACUACGAUCCACUAUAUUUAGAACAAUCUGAUGGUGGAAUUCAAACCGUCUUCCCAGCAGAGGAUAUGGAAAUUUAUAAAGAAGCCGAGCAACUAGCGAUAGAAGCUAAAUCGUCCAGACAAUUCACUGACCUGAAUAAAUUUACAUUGAAAUGUAUGAUCUGCGACAAACUAUUGACAGGUCAAGUAGAAGCACAAAAACACGCAAAGGAAACAAUGCACACAAACUUCGGCGAAGUAUAGCAGAAACUAUUUUUUUAUCCAGAUUUUGCCAGUCGCUUAAAAAAUUGCAUAGCCUUUUAUAUCGAUCUGCAAUCUAAAUAAGUCGCAAUUGUAGUUUUAAAUAAAUUUAUAAAAGUGAAAUUUUAAUAUUAAAUUUAUUUUUAGUUAUUUUAUUUGUUCAUUUAAUAUGUACAAUAGUAAAAAAUGACAAUAACGUCAAAUGAAUAAAAAGAUAAUUGAGCCUUAAAUAAAUAUGCAGAAAUUUCCUCCUCUCUUUCCUAUAAAAUAAAAAAUGAUAUUCAUUUUCAUUCUAAUUACUCUCACUCUUAUAUUAACUUUAGUUUGAAUUACAUUUUGUCAGUUUUGUUUAUAAUAAAUUAAUUUAACUUA